AUGGUCCAGGCACGAUUUAGCGCGCUGAAAACCCAGUGCAGGGCGGAAAUGGUGCUGUUUGACGCGGAAGACCUGACCACAAAGAUCGACGAGGUUCGCGUUGUCGUGGCGCUCAUGAUGCGACAGCAGUACGCUCGCUUCAGAGAGAUGUACCAAGAUCGUCACAAGGGUACGACCGGCGACACCUACGACAUGACGCAGUUCAAUACCCUGAUGACUUACAGCUGGCCAUCAGACGCGAUUAGCCGCUUCAACCCGAACGUCACAGUACCUUCACAGCUGCUGCACCGUUCGCUUUUCGCGAAGACGAUGAAGCUCAUCAGCCAUCACACUCUGGCUCGCGCAGGAACUGUCCGCGAAAUACAGCUGGCUGACCUAAUCUUCCACAAGUUUGGUCGUCUAGAUGUGUCCGACCCGAUCGGUGACGCGGAUCUCUUGACGAUCGUGACGCGGACGGGGAAAACGAAUCCCAACUUUGGAAUCCACAAAUACGUGGCAGCGCAACAUAGCGACUACCAGGUCUGCAGUGUCGGCCACCUCGUUUGCCUCCUCCACUGGGUCUACGACAGCGUUCCAAGCUUUUACGGGGAGCACUACGUCACUCCAUUGAAUUUCGCGGACCCGACAGAGUGGUACGAUGUGUACGUUUUCUUCUCGUAUAACGGCGGAAACAAGGUGCCCGUGCCACACACAACAUACAACGACUGGGUCCUACACGGAUACGACAUGGCCGACAUCCAGAUUUCGCGCGUCACUCAUGGACCUCGCGCGUCCAACACGCAACUACUUUCGAUGGCGGGUGUGGCUGACGACCAAAUCGGGAGGCACGGAAAUUGGAGAACAGAUGCUCUCACGACGCAUUACCUCUCCGGUGUUGCGCGCGAAGCUGUCUUGGUGACAUCUGGUCACACGGGUCUGCCUGGGGACUAUCACCUCGGUCGUUCAAAAGUAGAGCCACCGCCCAGGGCGCAAGAGGCGAUCAACCGCCACGUCUUCCCGUUUGCAGAAAAGCAGCUGGAACUGGCACAGCUCUACAACUCCACGAAGCCGAGGCACGCGCGUGACAUGGCAUCGAUACAUCUCCUUAAGGCGUUUGCCGGCACUUGCAGGAGAACGCUCGCGGAAGACAUGGCGAUGUUAUGCAUCCAGCAUCCAAAUCAUCCGGAAGUCCGUGCGUCUCCCUUGUGCAAGGACUGCGAUUUCAUUGACUGGGCGCGGGGGGUUGUGUGGAGCGACGACGUCGGAAGAGCCAUGCGGAACUCCCCGACGCCCACACGCGGAGCGGAAGUGGCCCGACGCUGCCACGCCGAACACCGCAACGUCGUCCUCACCACGAUGCUGAACAAAGAAAGGGACGCGAGCAGGCAAAAGUCGGUGGAAAACGAAACCCUCAAGCACAGGAAUGGCCAGCUCGAGCAACAGGUGGAGACGACCCCGGACUCGCCCCCUCCUCCUCCCACCCUCUCCGACAUGGACAAGGCUUUCAAGAAAAACAUGAUCGCGCCAUGGCUGAAGGCGAGCACUGCUCGCGAGGCUUGCGAAAAAUGGAACGCGCACCACGAUCUCACAGGCCUGACUGUUCGUGGAGAAAUGGCCGCGGGCGGGUUCGCGAAAAAAUACAUGCUCGCGGGGCCGGAAGACUCGGCAAUGCAACGGCAAAAGCGCCUCAUGGUCGCCGUCGCCGAUUAUGCGGCACGAUACGCCGGCGGGGAGGCAGCAGUGGUGGCUAAAUUUGAUGAGAUCGCGGGGCCCAUGGGCUUCACCACCUUCCGCGACGGGCUGACUGUUCGCGGCACAAAACCCAACAAUGACACCUACGACAAACUCAAGGCGCUGAAAGGAGCCGUGGGCGAGAAAGUGAAGGUGGCGCUCGCGCUCGUGGCUGAAGGUUUCGAGAACGUGGAGUGGGGGCGAAAGCAGUUCCCGAAAAGCUGGGACGCCUUGUUCGGUUCCAAGAAACGACCGCGUGUUGAAUAG